AUGAAUACGCUGGCUAAUCCUAGGAAAGUGGAAGAGGAGAAUGUGGAUGGGGGAGUUUCUCCACAAGGUCUUCAAGGUGACCAAUUCCCCAUAGGCAAUCAAGAUAAUGAGCUUCCGGUGGGUCCCCCGGCCAUGACUAAUGAAGAGAUUAGGGCGGCUUUUCUAACUCUAGCUCAAGCCACGACAACUCAAGCAAAUAGAGAUGUGGGGCCUAGGGUGAAUGCUAAUGAGAGUACGGCUGCCUCAAGGUUGAGAGACUUCGUGAGGAUGAAUCCUUCGAUAUUUUUGGGCUCUAGAAUUGGAGAAGAUCCCCAAGGAUUCUUGGAUGAGAUUUACAAAAUUGUGGAUGCUAUGGGAGUAUCUUCUAGAGAGAAAGCAGAAUUGGCUUCAUACCAAUUGAAGGAGGUGGCCCAAAUUUGGUACACACAAUGGAAGGAAAAUAGGCCGGAGGAAGCGGUUCCUAUAGAAUGGGAGAAGUUUAAGGAAGCAUUCUUGGGUAAAUACUUUCCCCUAGAGAAGAGGGAGUGCAAAAUUGAGGAGUUCAUUAAUCUUAGGCAAGGUAAUAUGAGUGUGGAUGAGUAUGAGGAUCAAGGACAACCUAGGUUUAAGAAGAGGGCUCCAAAUCAAGAUUUUUCAAGUGCUCCUAAGGUUAAUCAUGAAGGAGGUGCUGGUUCUCAAAUUUCUAAGCCUACUUAUUCCACUUGUGGAAAGAAGCAUUUUGGGAAGUGUCUAUCCGACACUAGUGGUUGCUAUGGUUGUGGGAAAAAUGAUCACAAGGUGAGAGAUUGUCCUAAUAUUGUGGCUAAAGGAAGGAAUGCUAGGCAAGCUCCUCAUAGUGGUCCUAGUGUUGAUGGUCAAGCAAGGAAUCAUUUCUAUGCUCUCCAAGCUAACAAGGAAGCAAAUCCGGAUGAAGGUGCCGGUAAGUCAUAA